GCUAGAGAGAGAGUGAGAGAGAGAGGAGAUCUUAUGGAUCGUUUCUCAACAACUCCAUAUCUUCCAAUAUCUGACGAAAAUAUGUUUGAUGAGUUGUUCCAAAUCUCUUGUGAUCCUCAUCAACAUCAACAACAACAACAACUUACAAUACUUCAAAAAGAUGGCGAAGUACCGGAAUGCGGCCGGCGGCCGCCUGAAUCAGCAGCUGCUUUUGGUGUCAAAGAUGAUGAUCAUAUGAAGCCUAAUGAGAGUAAGAGGCAGAAAUUGAUCAUGCAUAGAGACAUUGAGCGCCAAAGAAGGCGAGAAAUGGCUACCCUUUACAAAUCGCUCAAGUCCUUACUCCCCCAUGAAAUUCUCAAGGGGAAGCGAUCGACGUCGGAUCAAAUUCAAGAGGCAGUGAAUUAUAUAAAAAGAUUAGAGAUCAAGAUUGAAGGGUUGGGUGACAAGAGAGAUGGAUUAAAGAGAUCAUUAUUGUCCAAUUCAUCAUCAUCUUCUUCUAAUUAUGCAUUUUUGGAAGAAUGUUCAAGUGAUCAAUUAUUCAUAGUGAUGGUUGAGCCUUGUUUGGUUGGAAUAAGGGUUAUUAUAAACACAAAGCUGGGAGUUCCUUUUUCAAGAUUUCUUCAUCUUCUUGUUGGAGAAGAGCUUAGUGUAAUUAGCUACACUUCAAGUAAAGUGAAUCAAAGGAUGCUCCACAGUGUAGACUGCCAGGUCAGUGAUGGGAGAAGCAUUGAUGUGUCUGAACUGCAACAGAAGCUAACAAACUCAUCAGUAAUUCCAGGCAAAAACUUAAUUUCAAUUAUAAAUCCCCCUUUUGUUUUAGGGCAAGAGUUAUGUUGUUAAUUCUACUAAUUAAGUGAACAUGGGGUGUCUAUUAUAUAUGUUUAUAUUAACUGUAGAGUUUAGGUUUUGUUUAACUUCACACUCUCUCUCUUAUUAAUGAACUAAAGUAACUACUUCAAUAAGUAACUCAAGAGUUGCUUAAAGAUAAUACAAUAGUGAGAUGAGUAC